ACAAAGCCCUUUCUUUGUUUUUGUGUUCUAUCUUUUUUUUAUUUUUAUUUUUACAAAGUUAAGAAGUUAGUAGAGUUAGUUGUUAGCAACUGAGAUUUCUCAAAAUGGUGAACAAUUCACCUCCUCAGAAGAGACGCACGACUAUUAGGUCGCAAAUUGGUGAAGUUCACGGCGGUGGCAGAGUUCGAAACCCUGACCUCCGCCUCACCCAAGCCCUAAGAAUGGUGAACAAUCCACCCCUUCAGAAGAGCCGUACGACCAUUAAUUCGCAAAUUGGUGGAGUUCACAACUGUGGCAGAGUUCGAAGCCAUGAUCUCCGCCUCACCCAAGCCCUAAGGCUUAGAGACUAAUCAUUGGACCACAGGCCCGGUUGACGUUUUUGUAUUCUUUCUGUGAUUUGUUUAUGUGCAUAAAUUAAUGUCACUUUG